AUGAGUGGAAAUGAGCAUGACUGGUUGGCUCUUAAACCCCAGGAACCUUCUCCAUCCCAGUGCUGCGGCAGCGGCUGCAAACCCUGCAUCUACGAUGUGUAUGAGAAGGAACUUGCACAAUGGGAGAGGGCCAAAGCAAAACAAGACAAAAGCCUCCUCAUGGAAAAGAAGGAGCAGAGCAGUAAUUCAGAACUGAAUCCAGAUACAUUUACUGCAUUCAACAUAAGCUCAGUGGAGCAGCUAACAGAGGACACCUACCAGUACAGAUUUGAAUUACCGGGAAAUAGCAGUCUGCGAUUGAGUUUAGGACAACAUAUCGUGUUAAGAGGAGUGGUGAAUGGUUUGGAGGUCCAGCGAGCCUAUACUCCGAUUAGCCCAGGGAAUGCAGAAGGGUACUUUGAAGUUUUAAUGAAAUGCUAUGAAGCUGGGCUAAUGUCACAAUACAUAAAAACGUGGAAAAAAGGAGACAUGGUCUUUUGGCGUGGGCCGUUUGGAGGGUUCCCAUAUCGACCUAAUAAGCAUGGAGAGCUCCUCAUGCUGGCGUCUGGUACCGGCCUUGCACCAAUGCUUCCCAUCCUCCAGUCCAUAACAGACGACGAAGAGGAUGAAACCUUUGUAACUCUCGUUGGCUGCUUCCGUACCUUUGACAAAAUUUAUCUGAAACCUCUUCUCCAGGAUCUGGCUCGAUACUGGAACAUCAGAAUAUUUUACGUCCUAAGCCAGGAAACAUCACUGGAAAACCUUCCUUGGAGCUAUCAGGAAAACACAUACACCGGUCGUCUCAAUGAAGACUUGAUGAAAAUGAUAAUAAAUUCUUGUCGAAGAAAGCCAUUUGUAUUAAUUUGCGGCUCUUCUGCAUUCAGUGAAGAUAUGAGUAGAUAUUUGAAAGCUGCAGGAAUCGAAGAAAAUUCCUGGUUUGUGUUUUAGCAGGAUAUUCCUGACCUAAAAAAAUCUUAAGCCGAGACUUGGACAUCCUUGUUUCUCUGCAGACGUUGCU